AUGGCGAAGCCAGCUCAGCAGAGCAUGGAAGCCCACCUGGUAGAGGACAGCGAUGAGGAAACUGGCCUUGAAGAGAUGGAUGUGGAGGCGAAUCUCUGCUGCCCAGAUGCCCUCAGCGCAGUGCUCUCCACGGUCUUCUCUCCGUGUUGGCUGUGCUCUUUGAAGAUGAUCUCGCAGAAUGAAAGGGCGGCGGUGCUGGUUUGGGGGAAGUACGUGGGCAGCAUCAACGAGCCCGGCAUUCACGUGGUGAACCCCUGCGGCGUUGAGAUCCGACGCGUCGACACGGUGCGAAAGACCUUGGACGUCCGCGAGGUCAGUGUCACGGAUAAGGAUGGGAAUCCCAUCUACAUCAGUGGCAACAUCGCCUACAAGAUUACUUCAGCCAAGAAGGCCACCGUGGAUACAGCGCUGCCGGACAAAUACACCUUGGAGAUGGCUCCCAUGGUGUUGCGAACCGUGGCUUCCAGGUUCCAUUAUGAUGAGCUGAGGAGCGGUGCUCCCAGUCAGAUGCUAGGAGAUGAACUACAGAAGCUGGUCACCAGUGCUGGUGUCCAGGUGUUGCGCUUCCAACUGACGGAUCUGAAGUACGACUCGCAGAUCGCCUCCGCGAUGCUGGCGCGGCAGCAGGCGGUGGCGCAGGUGGACGCCAAGCGAGCGCUGGUGCACGGGGCCGCGGAGACGGCUAGCAGCACGGUGGCGAGACUCAAGUUGCUGGGGCAUACCUUUAGCUCGGAGAACGAGCAACGCCUCAUCCAUGAUUUGUUGUUAAAGAACCUGGACCCGGACUACAAGGCAAAGGCCAUGGUGAUGACCCAGCAGCCCUGA